AUGGAGGAAUUAAUUCCAAUUGUAAAUCGAUUACAGGACGCGUUUGCUUCCAUCAAUAUGGAUAGUUUAGUGCAAAUUGAUUUACCGCAGAUUGCUGUUGUUGGUUCUCAAUCAUCGGGAAAGUCUUCCGUAUUGGAAACAAUUGUGGGUAGGGACUUUUUACCAAGAGGUUCUGGAAUUGUAACGAGAAGACCGUUGGUUCUUCAACUCAAUAAAACUCCAUCCAAGCAACAGCAAACGGGAGAUGAUUCCACUGGACCCGAAGAGGAAUGGGGAGAAUUUCUGCACGUGCCAAAUAAGAAGUUUUACGAUUUUACAGAAAUUAGAAAUGAAAUCAUUAGAGAGACGGAUAGAGUAACUGGUAGUAGCAAGGGCAUUUCGGAUCUUCCUAUUAAUUUGAAAAUUUAUAGCCCAAACGUUUUGAAUUUAACACUUGUAGAUUUACCGGGUAUUACUAAAGUCCCAGUUGGCGAUCAACCAAAAGAUAUCGAAGCUCAAAUUAGAAACAUGAUUAUGAAAUUCAUCUCUAAACCAAACUGUUUAAUCCUUGCAGUGACAGCUGCAAACACUGAUAUUGCCAAUUCCGAUGCGCUCAAAUUGGCAAAAGAGGUCGACAAGAAUGGUUCAAGAACAAUUGGUGUACUUACAAAAAUUGAUAUUAUGGACCAAGGAACAGAUUGUAUGGAUGUUUUGAGAGGAGAACUUUUACCGUUGCGACUUGGAUAUAUUGGUGUCGUAUGUCGAUCUCAAAACGAUAUCAAUUUGAACAAAUCUAUUCGUGACGCUUUGAGAGACGAAGAACGCUUCUUUGCCACACAUCCAAUUUAUAAGAGCAUUUCCGAUCGAAUGGGAACUAAAUAUCUUGCCAAGACACUGAAUCGAAUUUUAUUGAAUCACAUCAAAGAAGUACUUCCUGAGGUGAAGAGUAAGGUUGCUGCCUUGAUUCAACAAGCUCAAACUCGUCUUCAAGAGUAUGGUGUUCCUUUGGGGGAGUCAUCAAUGUCGAAUGGAGCUUUAUUGUUGCAAUUACUUACAGACUUCUCAACUGAUUUCGUAGAGACCAUUGAUGGACGUAAUGCAGAAGUAUCAACCAAUGAACUCUUCGGAGGAGCUCGAAUCAAUCACAUAUUCACAAACAAAUUCUAUCCAUCCUUGUCAGAAAUUGAUGCGUGUGAAAAUUUAUCUGAUUACGACAUUAGAACUGCAAUUAGAAAUGCCAAAGGACCAAGAACAUCCCUCUUCAUUCCAGAAGCAGCGUUUGAGAUGCUUGUUAAAAGACAAGUGAAACUUUUGGAGGAUCCUAGUAUUCAAUGUGUUGAUAGAGUUUUGGAAGAAUUGAUUGCAAUUGAGGAACAUUGCGAAAAGAUAUUUUUGAGAUUCCCUAAUUUGAAGGAAAAGGCCCGAGAAUUUGUCAUUGGAUUAUUGAAAGAGUACGCAGACCCAUUGAAAGAAUUUAUUAGAAAUAUUAUCAAAAUUGAGUUGGCAUACAUCAAUACGAAUCAUCCAGAUUUCUUUAGUAAUAAUAAGGUUGCAGGUGUAUUAGGUGAAGCACAAAAACCAUCUCCUCCAAUGCAAGGUCAGCCUCAACUAAACAUGUCACAGCCCCAAUCAAACUUGCCACAGCAACAAGUAUCCAGAAGAAUGCCCCCACCAAUCAACCAACCACCACAACAACAUCAAAUGUCACAGCAACAAGAUGAACAAUAUAAUGAUGAAAAUGCCGACAAUGAAUGGGAACAAGUGAGCACGUAUCCACCACCAAAGAAUCCCAGUCAAGUCCAUGUAAAGCACAGUUUAAGGGGACAAGGCUCUUCUUCCAACAAAGAGCACAAGGAUGGAGGGGUUGCCAAAAGCAUUUUCAGCUUUUUCACAGGGCAUAAGGACGGAAAGGAUGAAAAGAAAAGUAAUGACAGUUCAUUUUUCGACAACGUUACAGGAAGCGUUACUGUAAAUACAAAUAGAGACGUGGAAGUUAACGUUUCAUUACCAAAGAAUGUACCAAAGACAAGAACUCAAAAACAACAACCUACACAACAACCUCCCCCACCAACUAGAUACAGUCCGCCAAAUCAAACAUACAGUCAGUCAAAUCCUCACAAUGAGAAUGUCGAUUAUUAUGGUCAAGAAAAUUUUGAGGAUCCUUAUUCAGGCAUGCCACAACAAAAUCCCACAGCUGCAUUCUUGACAAACUUUGAGGAAAGAGAAAAGAAGGAAACUGAAACUAUCAAGACAUUGUUGCAACAUUAUUUCGAUAUUGUAAGAAAGGGUGUGUCAGACUCGGUUCCUAAAUCAGUUAUGCACUUUUUGGUGAACAAAUCCAAGGUGAAUUUACAAAGUGAGCUAGUUCGCAAUCUUUACAAGCCCGAAUUAUUCGAUGAGUUGUUGAAGGAAAAUGAAGCAAUUGCUCAAAAGAGAAAGGCUGCAUCCAAGUUGCUAAGCGCGUUGUUAAAGGCCCAAGAUACGUUGAAUGAAAUCAAAACAAAGAAGAUUUAA